AUCAUUCAACUCCAACUUCUGAUUGGAGCUCGCUAAUACCUCACAAAUCAAAAGUCAACGCAAGUCAUCUCACUAUUGAAGAAUUGAAACAAAAGUUGAAAGAUUAUGAUAUUGAUACAACAGGCGUAAAUAAUAGAGUUAUAUUGGCAGGUAUUUUACAAAAUAGAUUAGAUAAAGAAACAUUAGAACAAAAUAAAGAUAGGCAUUUUUUACUUAUAAAUUGUAAUUAUUACAUUUAUUCAAAACUUACAUUUUUGAACCAAGACACAUCAAAUACUGAAACUGCUAGCACUAAUUCAGAUUUAAAAUAA